AUGAAAGUGACACUGAACACGGUCUCUUUGCUUGCAGCCCUGCUGGGCAUUUUAAGCUUCAUCUUCUUGGUAGUGGCUAUUGGAACCGACUUCUGGUAUCUCAUCGACACUUCUAAACUGGAGAUGCUGGGCAACCACACAGGCAGCCUGGGCUCUCAUUCAGGCCUCUGGAGGACUUGUCACGCUGAAAACACCUGCUUUCCUAUUGUCAACCCUUUUCGGUAUGAGACAGCAAACAUCACCUCUUCCCACAGGCAGCUUCUACACAUGCAGGGCACUUUUGUGAUCCUCUUGCCUCUCAGCCUCGUCUGGAUGGUCUUUGGGGGGAUGACCGGCUUCAUUAGCCUCCUGGCCAAGGCCUACUUCUGCCUGCUCCUGACAGGGCUGCUCUUUCUCUUUGGAGCUCUCAUCACAUUGGCCGGCGUCAGCAUCUACAUUGCCUUCGCCAUUGCAGCCUUCAAGGAAACCAUCUUUCUUCUGGGCAGGAGGAAGGGUCUGGAAGGUGUCAACAUCCAAUUUAGCUGGUCGCUGGCUUUUGUGUGGCUUUCCUUCGCCUCUGAGGUCCUGACUGGCCUGGUGUUUCUCCUGGCUGCUAGGAUGGUGGGCCUUAAACGGAGGAACAAUUGCUCCAUUUGA